ACACAGUAAUCAGGCUUGAAUGUAAUUUCCUGUUGAGAAGUCCUGAGCUGGCCGAGGAGCUGCUGUUACAAAGUCUUCAAGCUGAGCCUCCACAACACUGCGAGAAGUUCACGGACAGAAGAGAGAGAGAGAGCUCAGACUGAGAGAGCUCACCUCAACACCGCCGAGAGCCCGACGGGACACGAGCUGCGGACUCUUCGUGUGUUUUACUUCUUUUUGGGAACUUUUGUUUGGAAGUGUUUGCUGUCAGGUCUGUGGAAGUGCAGUGAGGUGCUGAACUGAAGACAAAAGAGCGAGCGUUAGCGCGUGUGGUACAGUCAGGAAGGGGCAGCAUGUGUAAUAAGCUGUCAUAACCUGUCAUAAGAGAACUUCUGAGACUUUUGGGGCUGUUUUGAAGGGAGUACAUGAAGAAGGAUCAGGGGACAGUGUGAAGUUGCUCUUCAGUCAGGACUCAGGCGGGAUAUGUGUUAGUGGAGCAGCGGUGAAGCAGCGUGCAGUGUUGAAGGGUAGUUUCUGGUCACCUGGCUCGCAGCUCCAGAGCAGAUGUGGGAGGAGGAGCACAGCCCCAGUGCCAGCUCGCAUGAACCUCCAGAUGGGGCCCAUCCAGCCCCAGAGACAUCACCCACGGAGCCCCCCACUGCUCCUAGCUCAGGUGGUGAUGGAAGCAGUGAAAAUGGAGCACAGGAGCCCCCCAUGCCUCCCACCGCUGAGAAAACAUCCGAACCAGACAAUGGCAACAACAACAACAGCCUGUCACCGCCGGACUUCAGCAGCACGCCCAGCAAAAGCAUAACAUGUCAACCUCAGGCCAGGUCCACGCCCUUGCUGCCGUCUUUAUCCAGCUCCUCUGAGGCUGCCGCUCUGCUGAAGAAUGGCAGCAAGCCCGUCACACACCAGGCCCACAGCAAUGGCGUCAAGAAUGGAGCUCCACUACUGCACGCAGCGUCUUCAUCCUCCUCCUCUUCGUCACCGUCUCAUAAGAACCCCAAGAAGCUACAGUCAAACCCCUCCCUCAACAGCCAGAGUAGCAAGAGGAGCAAAGGAAGCUCCAAGUCUAACAGCUCUCAAAUCCCCAUGGAGGCCCAGGACGACUGCUGCGUGCACUGCAUCCUGGCCUGCCUUUUCUGCGAGUUCCUGACGCUGUGCAACAUCGUGCUGGACUGUGCCACCUGCGGCUCAUGCGCCUCGGAUGACUCGUGCUUCUGCUGCUGCUGCGCCUCUGAGGAGUGCGGUGACUGUGACCUGCCCUGCGAUAUGGACUGUGGCAUCAUUGACGCCUGCUGUGAGUCCGCCGACUGCCUGGAGAUCUGCAUGGAGUGCUGUGGCCUCUGCUUCUCCUCGUGAGAGCCCACUAGCGGGCGCAGUGUCUAUUGCACAGGACUCCACCCUGUUGUGGAGAAAUGGGAGUACACCAGGACAGACUGGAAAUGGGCACAAACCAAGGUAUAUGCAAUCGGAAGACAUGCUAGUGGCUUCUGAGGUUGUGGGCAAACGAGGACCAUGAAGAGCACAAUGAUCAAGUUCCAGUUCCGUUUUCCUGAACUCUAACAGAGCUAGCAGUUUCUCAGUGUUGUUCUACUCCGGUUUAGGAUAAUCUUGGAAUAUUCUCAGUACGUUUGUAGUCUGCUUUCGGGCUCUUCUCGUGACCACGCUGUAGUGCUCACUCUUAAAAGGUGCCAAAAGUUGUUCAGAGAAGAACCAUGUUUGGUUCUCUAAAGAGCUUUUUAGUGGAUGAUUCUUUAAAGCACUCAGUUGACCUAUCCAUGCUUCACUCCCAAAGGCAGGCUUUCAUGUUAACUGUUGCUAGGCUGGAGAAUGUUGGCAAAAGUCCCUUUAAACAUGAUGAAAAAUGGUAGCACACAAUGCAACAGUGUCAGAACCUAAAUGUAGAGUGGCAUGUUCAUUUAAAACAGAAUAUUGUGUAUUUCAGCUGAAGUUAGCAUAGUGGCAAAUUCAGUGUUGUCAUUCCCAAUAGGGAUGAGUGAGGACAAAAUCAAGUCAAGUCAAGUGGUCUUUAUUGUCAUUGCUCAAUAUAACUUGUAUAUAUUGGAACAAAGUGUCAUUCUUCAGGCCCCAUGUAGUCACAGAACUAUGUGUAGUGCAGAUGCACAACAGUGUGAAAUGAGUACAGAAUAUAAUAAAUACACUUGAUGAUAAACAUACACGGCAAUAAAUACACAGAACUAUUACUAUGUGACACUAACCAGACAGGACAACAAAACUGUAUAUCAGCGCUGUCAUGACAAAAC